GUCAAGAAGCGUACGUGAGCAAAUUGAAAGAAGAUCUGGUUGACGAAGAUCUCAUUAUCAGAUGCAAAUGGCUCUCAAUAAGAAUCUUGAUGGUGCUGAUGCUAUACUUGUGGGUGGUCUACCUGAUUACAUGACAGAAACACAGAUCAGGGAAUUUCUUGAGACUUUUGGUCCACUUCGUGGCUUUGAAUUGGUGAAAGAUAGAGAUACUCGAGCAUGCUGUGUAUAUCAAGAUCCUGCAGUUACAGAUAUUGUUUGUGUUGCUCUGAAUGGAAUAAAAUCUGGAGAUAAGACUCUUACUGUUAGACGAGCUUGUCAAGCUGAAAACCAGUCAAAACCUGCACUACAGAGAGUCAUGUUUCCACAAGAAUUAGCGGCAACGAAGGUUAAGGUUGCUAGUUUAAGCCAGGCUAUAUCUGCUGCUGCUGAUGGACUUGAUGGUCCUGAUCGUUUAUUUGUGGGUGGUAUUCCUGAUUACUUUAGAGAAGCAGAGAUCAGGACACUUCUAGAGACUUUUGGUCCACUUCGGGGCUUCGAAUUGGUGAAAGAUAGAGAUACAGGAAUUUCAAAGGGUUAUGCAUUCUGUGCUUAUCAAGAUCCUGUGGUAACAGAUAUUGCUUGUGCUGCUAUAAAUGGAAUAAAAUUUGAAGACAAGACGCUCAUACUUAGACGAGCGCCAAAACCUGAGCAAGAAGGCAGAUUAAGUCAUGCACUACAGAGACUCACGCUUCAGCCAGAAUCAGUGGCAACGAAGGUUGUUCGUAUAAGUCAGGCUAUAUCUACUACUGAUCUGAAAGAUGAUAAGGACUGUGAAGAUAUUGUAAGAUGAUAUGAGAAGAGAGGGAUCCAAAUAUGCUACAAUUGUAUUCACACAUCAUCACCAUCAGCCCUAGCACAUAACUAAAGACAGAAGCCUCCAUCUUCCAUCAAUAAUCUUCAAUUUUACUUGAUUUGACGGAAUAAAUUUAGUAAUUUUGUUUUUCUCUGUACGUAAUUGACCACUUUUUAUCAUCUGCAGGUACUUUGGUUAAUGUUGUGAUACCUCGGCCCCGACCAAAUUGGGAACCAUCACCACCUGGAG